GAAAAACCCAAAAGAGAAAGACUUUUUUACCUGUCAAAAUCUUCUAGUAACAAAUGGAAAAUCAUCACCGAACCUCCGCCACAAAAUCCGACGGCGAAGCAGUCUCAGACGAUGUGGGCCAGGGGAAGCUAUAUUCUCCAAACCACGCGAUCAAAAUCGCUCCAAAAUCCGACGAAAACGUGGGCCAAGGGAACCUCUACUCUCCUGACCACGCGAUCAAAAUCGCUAAGAACCCUAAUUCUGUGGAUUCAUCAUCAGAGGAAGAAGAAGGAGAGAAGCAGAGGAAGACGAUGAUGUUGGGGCUGAAGAAUCUUGCAUCUGUUAAGGAUAAAGUAUUAGAGAAACUAGCGGCUGCUUCGGUUCCAUCGGAGUCGCUUGAAAACGCUAAACAGUUUUUGGAAGGUGCGAUUAAGGAUUUCGCUGGAGCGGCGCAGGGUAUGACGAAAGACGCCUUGCACCGGAUUAAAACUCAUCUCGCUGUUAUUGUUCCGUCUGUUUCUCCUGCCGUCACCGGAAAGAUAGUGGACGAUGCUGAGAAAGAAGCCACUAACGGAGAGGAAGAAGAUGAGAGCAAGUCAAAAGAAAGCUCCGGAGACGAAGUCGCCGAAAAGUUGCCGUAUGUGUCGCCGACGUCUUCAUUUUUCGGCUCUCUCGCCAAACCUUUCUCGAAGCUUUGAUGGUUUUUGGGUCUUAUUACGCCUAGGCUACGUGAUUAUCUGAGAUAAAUAAGACAAAAUCUGAGAUCAUCAGAAAUUUCGUGUUUACUUAAAAGUUAAAAUGAUGAAGAUGUAUUGGUCAUUUUAUAAUGAGUUUGGUGUAAUGGAAUACAGACUUUCACACCCC